AAAAUGUUUAAUUUGAUUCAGAUUUUGUAUCUUCAACUUGAUAUAGUCGUGCACAGAUAUUCUCAUAUUUAUAUAUCUACUUAGUAUAAAUAUAAUAUAGAAACAUGUUGAACACUAUUGCUCAUGAUGUAAAAAAGAAGCCACGCACUAAGGAUGUUAAAAUACUAGAAGAUGUAACUUUUUCUCAAAUGGGACUUUCUCAAAAUAUUUUGAAUGGCUUAGCUAAUUGUGGUUUUCAAAGUCCAUCUCCCAUACAACUCAAAGCAAUACCAUUAGGACGCUGUGGUUUUGAUUUAAUAAUAAAAGCAAAAUCUGGAACUGGAAAGACAUUAGUAUUUGGUACUGUGGCUCUUGAAAUGAUAGAUGUUCAAGUAUCUUCUAUACAAGUUUUAAUAUUAGCACCUACACGAGAAAUAGCUAUACAAAUUUCUGAAGUUUUGUCAUCUGUCGGUUCAGAAUUGAAAGGAUUGAAAGUUGAAUCUUUUAUUGGAGGAAUGAUUUUAGAUGAUGAUAAAAAAAAAGUUAAGGUGUGUCACAUAGCAGUUGGAGCUCCAGGUAGAGUAAAACAUUUGAUAGAGAAAGGAUUCCUUAAAACUGACAAUAUCAGAUUAUUUGUACUUGACGAAGCAGAUAAAUUAAUGGAAAAUAGUUUCCAAGGAGAUAUUAAUUACAUAUUUUCUAAACUACCAGUUAGUAAACAAGUUAUAGCAUCAAGUGCAACUUAUUUAGGAGAUUUGGAAUCUUUUCUUCAAAUGUAUAUGUGUUCACCAAUAUUAACAUCUCCAGAUGAUGAUGGACCAAUUCUUGUUGGUUUAAAACAAUUUGUUACUGUAGUUCCUUCACAUCCAUGUACAAUGAAACAGGUCAAAUUUAAAGUAAAAGAACUUAUCAAGAUUUUUAAUAAAAUUCCAUUUAAACAAUGUUUAGUAUUUUCAAAUUACCAAUCACGAGCACAAUCUGUGUGUAAUAAAAUUAAUUCGAUGGGUUUUUCUGCUGCUUACAUAACAGGAAAUCAAGAUAUGGUUAAGCGACAACAGGCUAUUAAAAAAUUAAAAACAUUUAAAUGUAGAAUAAUGAUAACAACCGAUUUAACUGCUAGAGGUAUUGAUGUUGAAAAUGUAAAUUUAGUUGUCAAUUUUGAUAUACCUGGAGAUGCAGCUACAUAUUUACAUAGAAUUGGAAGAGGUGGUCGUUAUGGAUCUUAUGGAAUUUCUAUCACUAUUAUCUCAAACAAUGAAUUACAGUCGUUCAAGAAUAUAUUAAGAACUAUUGGGGGAAAUAAUUUUUCCAUUGCUAAACUUCCUGUAGAGUAUCCACUUAAUAUUUGGAGUUCUGAUUAUACAGCAUUUGAUAAGAUAUUUGGAAAAUAUGAUUGUGAUAUAGAUGAAGAAGAAAUUGACAAUAGAAGACUUGAUUCAGAUGAUGGCUUGCCUACUUUUAUAUCUCAUGAGAAAUCUCAGUGUAAUAAAGUAUUUUUACAAAAUAAUAAAAAUAAAGCAAAUAAUAUUCAGUUAUCCUUCAAUGAAAAUAUGUUAAAUCAAAUAAGUAAUAAUCCAGUACAUGAAAAUAGUAAGUCUUUUGAAUAUAUAACUACAUCAAAUUCAGAAGACACUACGUCAACUAAUUCGUUACUUGCACAACAUAUAGCAGAAGAAAACGAACUUGAAUGUCCUUUAAGAAAUGAAGUGGAAAAGGAAAUACCAAAUUUUGAUACUUCAUGUAUUGAAGCAACAUCAAAGAAUUUAUAUGAAUUUAAAUUAAUAAAUAAUUCCAAUAAUCCAUCCAAGUUUCAGAAACUUAAUGAAGAUGUUGUGUUUAAAGCUGAUUUAUCUAAUGUUGAGCAGGAUGAAUUAUUAAAUAUUCAUAAUAAUGAAAUGAUGGAAUAUUUGAAAUUUACAAUCAAUAGGAAAUAUGCUACAAAUAUGACUACUCAGGCAAAUAAUACAAUUAAUUCUGAAAUUAUGAAUGAUAAUAAUUCAAUAUUUGAAAAUAACGAAGAACAAAGCCACUUCACAGAAGAAAAUAAUGCUACGUGUGUUGAAUUACCGUCAUCAGAAGAUACAGAAGAUAUUGAUGUUCUUUAUAUUAAAGAAUUAUUGAACUAUUUGCAAAUAAAUGCAGAAAGUUUAAAAAAACAGAAUAAACUUGAUAUAGGAUAUGAUGAUGAUUCUAUACUAAGUAUAGCAUCAGCAUGGAAUAAACAGCUUAACUUUGAAAUUUGUUUAUUAAACAAUACAAUGAAAAAUAUAUCAAAUUCUAUUUGUAGCCCUAUAACAGAUGACUUUAAUUUAUUAGUUUUAAGAACUUUCUUGCAAGUACAGAAGAAAGUUUUUCUCUAUAUUUAUCCUGAACUUCGUACUGACAAAGAAAUUGAUGAUAUCUAUUUAUAUUUACCACACAUUAAUAAAAAUCUGAUAGAUAUAUACAUAGAAAUAGAAGAUUUUAAAAGAUAUUAUAGGCAGUAUGGAAAAAAAUUUGAAGCUUACUUUCCGUAUCAGAUGAAGGGAGAUGUUUUUAUGCCAAAUUUAAUAUUUGAUAAAGAAUUGGAAUAUUAUCGUACAGCAUUACAAUUUUUACAAAACGAACCAGAUAUUACAUUAAGAUUUGCAGAAUGGAUUAAAUAUUUUACUGUCUUAGAUAAAUUUGAAUAUGAUAGUAUAAGUAAUAAAAUACUAAAUAAAGAUACAAUAUCUGUCAACGAAUUAUGUGUUUUAAUACAACAAGAGAAUAUCAACAAGACAAACAGUGAAGUUAAAUUAAUACAGAAAGAUUCUUCGUAUCCUGCAAUACAUGAAAAUAAUUCUAUUCAAUCAAUAAGUCAUAAUUAUACAAAUGACUUUAUAUUAAACAAAAUUAACGAAGAUCCAGAAAGCAUAAAGAAACUUGGUGAGGAAAUGAAUACAAUGGAUCUGGGAAAUAAAUUAAAUAAAAAUUCUAGUGUAAUAGAAGAUUCAGUUACAUGUGAUCAACAAUGUAAUAUAAAUACAGAAACAAUAGGUGAAAGUAAUGAAACUGACUUGUCAGAUAAAUCAUCUUUGGAUAUUGGCAAUGCCAAGAAAGACUUAUUACCAUGCAAUGAACAAAUAGAUCCAGAAACUAUUAGUUUUUGUAAACAAAUGGAUAGUUUUGAUGAUCAUUCAGUACCUAAAAAAUGUUUAAAUACAAAACAAAAUUCUAAUAUAGAUGUACAAGCUGCAGUAUCUUUUUGUCAUAGGAAAAAAUGCAAUGCCGAUACAAAAUCAGAUGGAGUUUCUUUUUAUUGCGAUGUUAAUGAGUGGAACAGCUAUAAUCAUAAUCAUACUAUAGAUCCUUGGAUUCAAUCGUAUUGUUUUUAUAAUAAUUAUACAGAUAAUAACUUUUUUUAUAAUCUAAGUUAUGACACGUGUCCGAAACAAACUUCUCUAAAUAAUGAUUAUUACAAAUCAAAAAUUAACCAAAAUACAUCAAAUAAUUCUGUAAAUUCUAAUCAUAAAGAAGAAAUGGACAUUGAAGAAUUAUUUACAUCCAUUAGAAUGCAAACUAAUAAUUUACAUUGGCACAUUUAUCAGUCUCAGAUGUUAGAAUAGUCUACUAAAAAUGAAUAGUCAUAAUCAUAUGAUGCGCUUAUGGAUAUAUAUAUAUAUAAUAUGUUAAUAUUAUAAAUUGAAUGUUACAUUAUUUUUGGUCAUGAUUUCUAACGAUUGAUUUAUAAUCGAUUGGUAAUGUAUAAUGAUAUGCGAAACGAUCGAUAGUAAAAGGUCAUAUGUUAUUGGUAUGCAUUUAUAAGAUACAUGCUCUGUGUGCCAUGUGUAACCUUUUACCAUCGAUACCGUACUACUUGAUCUUACGUAAUUCAAUUGAUCUUUCUCGAUUGAAUUUUGUGGGAUUACAAAUCGCAUAUGUCCUAUUGAGUAAAAAGAUUGAUGUAAAAGACGCGUAUUAUAUAGUUUUAGGGUUAGGAAGGAUAUUACAUGUAUAGUUAUGUAAAUGAAAAAUACAAGAACUUCAUAAUAUCUUCUAUAAUAAAAGUUAUUUUCUUUA